AUGAUAGAUGGCAAUGCGAUGUUGAACACUUUAAUAGCCAGGGAGGUGACUGACUACAACUCGUUAACUGUGCACAUGUUGAGCGUCAUACAUGAGCAUCUAGAUCUAGAAAGCAGACGAAGUGCAAAGGUUGAUGGUGAACGGCAGGCGACAAGGGCGCAGGUAGACAUCGACAAGGAAGGAGUUCUCAUGCUCCUCGCUAGUGACAAGAAAAGAUUUGAUGAAAACAGGUACAACGAUGAAGGGUUGACGGAAGAAUACAUCACAGGCAGAAUGGGUCUAGACAGCCAGGCCAUGAGGAAGGUGCUGGAUGGGUUGAUCAACGACGGACUGGUUUACAACACCGUGGACGAGUGUCACUACAAGAGGGCAGGGUAG